UCGAAGCCAACCAGCAAAAGAAAUUGAAGCAAAUCAGUAAUCUGCAGGAGACCCAGGGUCGAGGAAUUCUCGAGCACCCUCGGACACCCUGCCUGCGGCUGGGACCCACUGCAAAACCACGGUCUCUCAGCUCUCCACCAAGUCUCCUCCACCCCCCACCCUCCAUGUCUUGAUCCCAAUCCCCGAAGCAAACAAAUCCAGCCUCGCCGCCGCCUCCGGAUUCGCCAAGAAACCGCUCGAGCUCGGGCCCUCCGCUGCAGCCCCGCCGCCAUGCUCGCGUCGGCGCGGGGGUUCUUGGUGCGGCACCGGCGGAAGAUACUGAUCUCGCUGGGAGUUGCCGGCGCGGGCUACGCGGCCUACCGCCUCUACGACGCACACCGGAGCCAGCUCGUGCGGGUCGAGCAGCUGCGCGCCAGGGAGGAGCAGGCCGCCGACGAGCUAGUCAAGAACCAGUUGCAGACGCACUUUGAAAACGUGCAAAGGAUCUCUGACACCACUACGUUGCCCUUUGCCAUGCAUUAUCUCCGUUCACGGAUAAUGGAGGAACUGGAUAUAUCACACUUGACUGACAAGCUACUGCAAGGGAAGGGAGGAUCAAACGCACUGACACCAAAGGAGAAGUAUGAUACUUGGGAGAAGAUUAAAAUUCUGAGUUUCACGAGGACAGUUUCUUCGAUGUGGGCGAUGACACUGCUUAGCUUAUAUGUUAGAGUUCAGGUUACCAUAUUAGGCAGACACCUCUACUUAGAUUUUGCCCGUGGUACAGAUGGUGCGCAAUUACAGGCGGGAUCUGAUACAUUUAGCAAAAAUGGACAUAAGGACUUCCUUGCAACUGCUGAUUACCUUGCCACAUACAGUUUCAAUGCACUGAUUGCACAAAUGCAACAUGCUGCAACAGAAGUCCUCAGAGAGAAGCAACUGAAAGACCCUAUGAGCAUGGACCAAGUAUUGCAAACAGUGUUACAAAUAUUGGACAUGUUCAUGAGUCUUUGUGAAGAUAACUUGUGGAUAAAUUACCUUGUACCUGAGAAUGCCAAUUUUUAUGCACAGUUGAUGGCUGUGUCCAGUACUGGCUUUGAUGAUUCAUCACUUCUAAAGGAUGUCAGAAAGCUUGACCAAUUAAUGUCUGAGACUCGCAUAGUAUUGGCAAGUGAUGAUUUCAAAAAUAUCAUGGAGAGGUCAUUGAGGAAGAUAGUGGAUGUGGUGAUAGAGGACCUGGCUUCACAGAUUGGAACUCCAAUUCCUCCAUCAGGCUUGCCCUUGGCGAAGCUCUUGGCCAGAGUAGCUCAACUGAGUUUGCCAUUGCUUGAGGAGCCAAAGAAGAACAAGCACAUUCAGAUCAUCCGAAGUAUGCCUGAAGUGGAACUCUUCUACACAUUCCUCUAUGCGAACAUGCCGCCAGAAACAUAAUCUGUACAUCAUGUGAAAAGAAUAGUUUCAUCCGAAUUUUUGACUCCAAACCUCCAAAAGAUCUGGCGGUAAUGGACAAUGAACAAUCUGCAAAUCUGGAAAGCAACAAACGUGAAGAGACAGAAUGCUAAUUUCUGCCCAGUAUAUUCUGAAACAUUCCGUUGUUGCUAACAGGAUCUAGCAUAGUGUGGUUCUUUCUAUUUGUAUUCCUUUUCUUCACUUGAAGUUUCAGUUGUCCACGUCUAGUUAGAAUUCCUCGCUGUAUCUCUGCUAUCAUGCUGUUUUUUUUUUUUUGGGAGUUUACACAUUGGCACUUGUACUAGUUGUUUCACUGGCCAAAUGGUUUAUGUAAGCUGUGACCUAUGAUUUCUGCUUUGUUCAUUCCUUUGUUGGGUAAUGCUUUACAUGUUUGGGUUA